AUGAAUUUAUUUACGCGAUCUAGUCCACAUGUUCCACGUGUACCGGUAGAGCAGCCGGCUGUAUAUGAACCACCUCCACAGGCACAGCUUCCCCCAAAACCAGCAGGACCGACGUUGGAGGGUCUAAUUGCUGAAGAUACAUAUCCACAGUAUUCUGCCAUUGCUGAUCAGGUUGGAGAAAAUGAACCCGGAGUUGAACAUGGCGGUGGUGCAAAGAACGACUCAUCUUCCAUAGCAAAGCAUCAUGAUGUUUCAGACAAGGAAGGAUGGAUUGCGAUUCCAUACAAAGAACUUCCCGAUAAUUGGAAUGAUGCACCGGAUAUACAAUCAUUACGCUCUAUGGACCGCUCCUUUGUUUUUCCUGGUGAACAAGUUCAUAUCCUUGCAUUGCUGUCAGCAUGUAAGCAGGAUACAGAAAUUAUUACUCCCUUUAAGUUAGCUGCAGCUAUGAGUAAAAAUGGCUUAAAACAAAGCCCGACAAAGCAAAAUGGGAAGGCUGAUGAUGAAAAUGAUGCAGUGUCAACAAAAGGAGAAAGUAGUCCUGAUAGUCAAGGUACAGAUCAAAAUGGUGAAACCCUGUUGAACGAGAUGGCUGAUCCACAAAAGGAUGUUUCUGCAAGUGAAUCCCUUCUUCGAAUGGAGGAUCACAAAAGACAAACUGAAAUAUUAUUGCAAAGAUUUGAGAGGUCUCAUUUUUUUGUUAGGAUUGCCGAGUCGGAUGAGUCCCUUUGGUCAAAAAAGGGUUCUUCUAAGAAGUCUUCAGAAUCUUCUGAGAUGGAUGGUCCAGAGGCCACGGAAAAUGGAACCCAUAAACGUGCAUUGUCUCAACUCAAUGCCAUUGUUGAUAAAGGAAAUUUUGAUCCGAACGUCUCUGGUGGUGUAGCAAGAAAUAAUGUCAAGUGUUGCUCUCUUUCUAAUGGAGACAUAGUGGUUCUUUUACAGGUGAAUGUUGGUGUAGAUUUUUUGAAUGACCCUGUUAUUGAGAUUCUUCAGUUUGAGAAGUACCAUGAGAGAAGUUUGUCUCCAGAGACUCAGGCGAACUUGGUUUAUGCAAAUCCAGACCCAUGUGGAGAGUUGUUAAAGUGGCUGCUUCCUUUGGAUAAUGUACAUCCGUCUCCAGCUCGUCCUUUAUCUCCUCCUCUAACUUCCAAUUCAGGAGUUGGGAAUGCACCUCAAAAGCCCACUGGUUCUCAGAUUUUCUCCCAUUUUAGAAGUUACUCCAUGUCAUCCAUACCACAAAAUACUACACCACCGCCUGCACCUAUUAAAGCCGCCAAUUCUAAGCCAAGCUUUGAUCUUGAAGACUGGGAUCAAUUUUCAUCCCUGAAGCAUGUAAAGAAUAAAAGAACUGGUUACGAGGGGCUUUUAUCUUUUCGAGGUGUGUCAUUGGAGCGUGAAAGGUUUUCUGUUCGUUGUGGAUUGGAGGGCAUAUAUACACCAGGAAGAAGAUGGAGGAGAAAACUUGAAAUUAUACAACCUGUAGAAAUUCAUUCUUUUGCUGCGGACUGCAAUACAGAUGAUCUUCUCUGUGUCCAGAUAAAGAAUGUAUCUCCAGAACAUGCACCAGAUAUUGUGGUGUAUGUAGAUGCUAUAACAAUUGUCUCUGAGGAGGCGUCAAAAGGUGGACAGUCCGUGUUACUACCAAUUGUAUGUGUGGAAGCAGGAAGUGACCAUAGUUUACCAAAUCUAGCACUCAGGAGAGGUGAAGAGCAUUCGUUUAUUCUUAAACCAGCAACAACCUUGUGGAAGAAUUUCAAGACUGGUGGUGAUAGAAGCACUCAACAAUCACUAGCACAGGCUGGAAAUGCAGCAUCGAGUUCACUUCUAGCAUUGAAGACUGCUGAAGGAAAAAGGGCUGCUUCAACUGCUGACCAGUAUGCAAUUAUGGUAUCCUGUCGGUGCAACUACACAGAGUCGAGAUUGUUCUUUAAAAAGCCAACAAGUUGGCGACCGCGUAUUUCAAGGGAUCUUAUGAUAUCUGUUGCGUCUGAAAUGUCUGGACAAUCUAGUGCACCAAAUGCAGGAGUCUCCCAGCUUCCUGUCCAGGUCUUAACUCUUCAGGCGUCAAACUUAACAACUGAAGAUCUAACUCUGACGGUUCUUGCCCCGGCUUCAUUUACUUUGCCUCCUUCAGUCGUAUCCUUGAAUUCUUCACCUUCUUCUCCGAUGAGUCCAUUUGUUGGUUUUCCUGGGUUUACAGGAAGAACAACUGCCGAGAGACGUAGUUCUAUAAUGCAGAGGCUGAACUCAGCACCCUCUCUAUUGGGAACUCAGAAACAAGCUUCUUUUAAAGAACAAGCUUCUCCAGUAUCUGAUGUUGUUCCUAGUACUGGUUUGGGUUGUACCCAUUUGUGGCUUCAGAGUAGAGUUCCACUAGGAUGUGUUCCUUCCCAAUCUACGGCCACCAUCAAGCUUGAGCUACUUCCGUUAACGGAUGGCAUAAUUACGCUGGACACUCUACAAAUUGAUGUCAAGGAAAAAGGUCGUACUUACAUACCUGAGUACUCGCUGAAGAUUAAUGCCACUUCCAGUAUUUCCUCAGGGAUUCUUUAAGAACAUCAUGUGCAAUAUGCAUUUGAUUCUACAUUCACAUUGAGAUAUCAAGUUGUGUAGUCAUGGAGCAUCAGGCUCUGAACAACAGGCACUGAGGCUUGCUUUGUUCAGUUAAAAUUGUCGUGUCAAUUUGUUUUAGAAAACAGAACCUCACAGUGUGUGUUGUAAACCGUUAUUUGAGAAUAGGGAUUUUUAUAGUUAUAGCCCACCCCUUAAUGGGAGAGACUGUAUUCUUUGUAGAUGAAUCUUUUGUGUGAAUUGUAACCCAUUAAUGCAGAAAAGUUAUACCCUUGUUCAUGCAGUAGC